UUAUAAUUUGGUAGUAAAUUUAGUAACGCAUUAGAAAACCAGUUUCUAUUUUAAACCAGACAGGUACUUCAUGUUAACGUUUACAAUAAUAAAAAGACACAUUGCAUGGUACUUAAAACUCAUUGCACUUUUUCACUGAGUUUAACAGUAACACUAUAAAGUGAUGAUAUAAAAAUCCGAAUUCAAAAUCGAAAGUAGGAAAUUAAAUCUACGGUGGAAAUAACCUAUUUCAGUAACCUUCAAAUAUGUUAUUUGGACACUGUUGAAAUUAAAAGAUAUCAUAUAACAGCAAUUCAUCGUAUAUGACACUAGUGCUUGCUAAAAAUACAUCAAACGAAGAACUUUUUAUCGAAACUUAGUAGAUAUGGACUUAGAUUGACAAAGGAUUGUUGUUUUUCAGUGCGUCGAAACCAAAAGUGGAAGUACCAGGAAAUGAGAUGUCUGUUUGAACUAUCAGAAAACAUCUCCUUUGGCCAUGUCGGACAACCCGGAAAGGUGUGCCAACUAUUUAAAAAUCGUAAGACUAAUCGUUGACGUUGGGACGGAUACUGUUAGAGACCUGUUCUAUUUUUAUAAACCAAAGGAGAGGGUAGCCGCCUUUUUUGCAAGCCAUACAAUUCUCGAUGAAUUAUUUGACUUAAAACGGAGACAUGUGAUAACCUCGGAGCAGUUUGAGAAGUUAACAAAUGAUCCAAACCCGGAUGAAAUUGAUAUUUCAUUACUCAUUACAAUUUUAAUAAAUUUGUUUAAAUGGACAAUAGAUAAACCUGAAAAUGGCUGGAAUAACCCAAUUGCUGAAGAUGAUGCCACACUCGGUGCUGACCUUUUACGUCUGAAGAAAUUAAGGAAUUCGUUAGUAGGACAUAGUCCAGACGGUAAUAUUUCUACCGAAGAAUUUGAAGACUUAUGGGGACAGACUUCAUGUAUUUUAACCAGGAUUGCAGAAAUUACACACAAUGAUACAAUUGCAGUUGUGAUAAAGUGUUAUAAGUCCAGUUCAUUAGACAAACAUGAUGAUAAGUAUAUCCCAUUAUUACGACAGUGGUAUGAAGAGUCGAUGUCAGCUAUUUCGAAUCUUCAACGGAGGGUGGAGGAACUCUGUGAGAAAACCAACGAGUUUAUGUUGUUCUUCAAAAGUGACAUUCCAGAUAGAUAUAAAAGAUAUGCGCUUCUUCUUACCGAAGGUGGAAUGUUAGUUUUAGCAGAUAUUCUCAGGAGAGAAUUAUCGAAAAAUGGAGAUUGUUUAGAAAAAAUACAAGAAAGAAAUUUGGAGUUUUUUAAAACGUUAACUGUCAAAGAAGAUUCAGAUUGUUCUACUCGUGUUAAACUUGGAACAAAUGUCUCAAAAUGGGGACUUCAGACCCUUGCAAAAGUAAUUCUACAUCUGUAUGCUCCCGGACUUAGUAGAAUGGAAAACAAAGCUAUUCGUGCCCUAAUGGAAGCUAGUGGAAACUACACAAAAACGGCAUUGGUGUCUUAUCAUAGUGACAAAUUUCGGUCAUUUUGGACAGACAUUGUAACAAAUAUUAGUAUUCUCGCAGCUGGACUUGAAGAAAACACCCAAAUAUUGUGCCAAGAUCUCAUAAAGAAAUAUGACACUGAACCGAUCGAUGAGUAUGCUGCACAUAGCUGUCUAACACAGCUUGGUAAAAACUGUUCUUUAAUGCAAAGGCUUAUUCAUCAGUAUUUAGAAACAAAGAAAAAGUUAAAGCAAGCGGUGGAGCAAAUGAGACGAGAAGGGGCUGGCUUUGGCUCAGAUCAUGUCAUCGAACUAAAAAUGAUGACGCAUGGGAAGACGGAGCAGAAACAGAAACUAGCAGAAAAUAUACUUUUCACGGUGUGGCAAAAGGCAAUGAGUCUAUCCGAUGAUCCCGGAAAUUUUGAGGCUAUCGAGGAAGCAGUAAACAGAAUCUUGGAAGGGAUAAGGCACUUGCCAAAUGUCAAGGUUGCGAAUGUGGAAAGACAUUGUAUCAUAGUAAAGGUUGUGUGUUCAUCAUGCCUUGGUCUGUUGCAGCUUUUAGACUUCAUAGAGUCUGUCUUAUUUACGGAGUGUAUGCAGUCUUUUAGUAAAUCGCUCAGUGCAUUCUGCGGAGAGGAGAUUAUUGUAACUGCUUUCUGUAGUAUAGAAAGUAUGUUGGAAACAAUUAUUCACAUCCGGGAUAAAGAGGUCAUUUCGAGCACUAUGAGUGUAAAAGUAAAAUGUUCCACUGUAGAUGCGGUGCGGAAUUUUCAAAAGAUGGUACAGGAUGGCAAAACAACCAAUACUAUGAAUAAUAUAGCACAGGCGCUGACAGAAGAUCUAGGGGAAAAGAUAUCGAUAGAUACCAGCGUGGAUGUUAAAGGUCUAGACGCAUUGAUUAAUGAUGAAUGUAUUUACAACUCGGCAUGGAUCUCAUACGGUUUGUUUGAGGUAAAAGGCGCUAGUAGACACGGCCCGCUUUAUGAAGAUCACUUCAGGCGUAUCGUAGCCGAUAUCAAAUAUUCAAAGUCGUACUUAUAUGCUCGUAUGAAAGAAAAAUAUUUCCCCAGAUCUAAGUCACUUCCUGAUCUAUUGCAUCCAGAGAGUGAAUUCUUAGACAAUACUCGACAGAAAUGGCAACAUUCAAAAUCCUCUGAAAGUAUACGUCUUUGGGAUUACGAACCUGAAGAAGAGUUUAACCUAGAUGAUAUCUUCUCAUCAAUCGAGUCAUUACAGAUAAACUCUUUCCACAGUGAUGAUGGGUCAAGAAGCUCUAUAGGCCUAGAAAUAGGCAUUUCCAGGAAAUUUGGAUCAAGUAGUUCGUUUGGAUCGUUUGCUUCAGAGGCGUCUCAUAUCUCUUCAUAUUCUGUUUUUUGAAGACAUUUCAGUUGAUAUUUAUGAACAUGUGCAUAAUACUUAAAAGCAGGAAAAAGAAAAUUCAUUUUAUAUUGACAGAGGGUGAGAUCUAUCGAUUUAGGUAUCAAUGGAUACUAUGUCAAACGGAUCUGCAUUUUUGCUGCGGUCAUAACUGUUUGUUUAGAUAAAGUUAUCAUCAUCAUUAUUGUUAUUAUUAUCAUUAUUCUUAUUAUGUACAACGAUACUGAAUAUGUCAUUGUAUAGAAAUAGGCGUAUAAUCAAAUUUUUCAGUUUCAGUUUUAGUUUCAGUUUUAUUUAAAGGCAUAGAUCCACCAAGUGUUCCCCACAAAUCCAAAUGAACAAAUUUGACUGCAACUUAUCACGGCUUACAUUACACCUGUUCUUGAUAGGGUAAUUAGCUCUGCAGACGGUUGUUUUCACUAGGCAACGAAGCGAUGUGCACUGAAUUUGUGUGUGUGUGCGUGUGUUCGGGUUUAACGUCUUUUUCAACAAUUUUUCAGUCAUAUAAACGACGGUGUCUACUUGUAGCAGUGAGCACAAUGCCCAACUUUAUAGUGCUGCCUCACUGGAAUAUCACGCCGUAGACACGUGGCAUGAUACCCCUCCCAGUCACAUUAUACUGCCACCGGGCUGACCAGUCCUAGCACUAUCCCCUUAAUGCUGAGCGCAAAGCGAAGAAGCUAGUACCAUUUUUUACGUCUUUGGUAUGACGCGGCCGGGGAUCGAACCCACGACCUCCCGCACUCGAAGCGGACGCUCUACCACUAGGCUACCGAGGCGGUGCACUGAAUUUGAGUAUUAAUUUUCUAAAGUAAAUGUAAACUGACAAUAAAGGUAAUUUUAAUAAAUACGUUCUUGUUUAACAUUAAUCGUUGGAAUAGACAUUCGUUG